UUCAAUAACAACGACAAAUUCAGAGCCAUGGGGAAAAAGAAAAAUGCGACCAAACCGCUGACACAAGAGGAAAUAUGGGAUGACUCCGCGCUCGUACGGACCUGGGAGGAAGCCGUUGAGGAGUACAAGCUCUAUCAUAGCAUCCACGCUAAGGGUGAGAAUGUUGAGGAUGUAUUAAGGCAGGCAGAAGCCGAGGAAUCCGAGGGGAGGAUCAGUCAGGCUGAAGAGGAGCAGCAGGAACAGCAAAUGGAGACUGAUGAUGUUGAGGCUCCGGAGGUUGUUCUUGAUCAGGCUGGACAGGAUGUAUUAGAGGAUACUACAGAAUCGUAUCAACCUCCUGAAGCAAACCCUAUUGCUGAGGCUGGAACUGGGACGGGUCCUGCUGACGCAACCCCGAUGCCCCAUCCAGUGUUAUCAUCAGUUCAAGAUGAAGGACUAAAGAACCUGAUGAUGUCUUGGUAUUAUGCCGGGUACUACACCGGACUCUACGAAGGACAGCAAAAAGCGAACGCGAGCCAGAACGCAAACUCGUGAUUUGUCACCACCUCAAUAUGGAAUGAAUGACCUAAUCCCUAGAGGCUCGCUCAAAGGUGCGUAGAAUGUGACGAGAAACUCCACACCGGGCUACGCAUUUCAUGACUUCAACUACAUCGAUACACCGUCAGAGUCUUAAGGGCUGCCAGACGGAUAUGCACCCGCCCAUUGAGGACCAGGCGGGCUGGCACGUCGCAUUGAAAUCAUAUUGUAUCUGACUAUAUGGGCUGGCGAGAAUCCAUUUUACAAAGGUAUAGGCCUUGAUUUGAUCGUUGAGGUUCAACUAUACUGUAUGCAGCUACUACAGGAAAUCCCACUAAUAUUAAUUAGUUAUAUUGCAAUGCAUCCCUGGAUUCAACUAUCCAUCCAUACGUACAUAAACCUUCACCACAACACACACUUAUCCCCCGAGGAUU